AUGGACUACGAAAGGACUGGUUUCCCCAACACCGCGUCGGUAGUCGGCACUGAGGUGGGAGCCUCUUUCAAGGGGCUCGGUGACAAUACGAGCGAGGGCGACAAAACCUGUCUUGCCUUCCUGGAUAAGGCCCUCACUCAGCGUGGGCCUGAUAGCGCCUUGUACAUGUCCUUCGGAACGUUGAUGUAUCCCGAUCUAGAGCACAUCCGGUACCUUCUCGAAGUCCUGAUGUCGCUCGAGGAGCCGAUUCCGUUUAUCUUUGCUACGGCGGGAAUGCGCCCCAUUGUUUCCGACGAAAUGGCGAAGAAGGUCAAUGAAAGCGGCAGGGGGCUAAUUGUCCCGUGGGCACCCCAACAAGCGAUAUUCCUUCAUCCUGCAACGGGCUGGGCUCUCUCCCACUGUGGCGCGGGUGCAAUGUACGAGAGCCUAUGUCAAAGUGUGCCCCUGAUCGCUUGGCCGAUCGCCGUCGAUCAGCCUCAGCACGCACGCUGGAUGAGCGAAACGCUGGAUACUGCAUUCGAGUUGCUUCAAGUACGGGUCGGCCUCGGACAGAAGAAGGCCUUCCGCGGAGGUCCCGAAGGCACAGAGAUCGUGGGCACUGAAGAAGCGAUCAAGGCGGAAAUUAGAGACGUGUUGAAGAGAUGCAAGAGUGAGGAGGGCCACAGAAAGAGAGCGAACGCAAAACGCGUCAAGCAGCAGAUAAAGGAGGCCAGAACAGCUGGAGGUCAAAUUGAUCAACACUAUGAGCUGCUCCGACAAGCAAUUGUGGUGUAG